CGGCCCCACAGGCUUGCGACGCCGCCAGGGACCACCAGCGGAUGCAAGCCCGUCUUCAACCCGCCUCCUCCUCCCAGCCCCAGCGCACGGGCUACGCCGCCUCCUCCUCUCACGGCACUUCCCAGCGCCGUUCCCCUUUCCGCGGUCUUCCCCACCAUUCCACGCAGCAGGGCCGCCACUUCUCGCGCCGCUUCAGCGCGCUGGAGUAUGCCACGGUGCAGUGUACACCUGCGCCCUCCUCAGUAGUGGGCUUCCCGACAUCUCCGUUGUGGUUCCCCCCUCUCGUUACUGGAGUUGAGGUAUCGCAGGACUCGACAGAGUGUACUCAGCCCUCUGUCGCAGUGCCGUCUGCGCCUCCGCAGACCACCGUCUCCCCUCCUUCCCCGCCGCGACUACCGACGCGUCGAGCCAUUCGCUCAGCCCGUUGCAGCGAGCAGCUUGCUACUCGCGAGGACGUUGUGUCCUCUCUUCUGGACUUGAGCAUGCUCCAGGCUCGUCAGGAGCGACUCACCCUCCAUGUCGCUGCACUGCGUCGCCUUCUCGCCAUCCUCUCUGACCCUGAUCGCACCAUCCCGAUCAUCCCCGUACGACUCCGGACCUCCACGAGGGUGUACUCAGCGCUGUGGGAUUCCGGUUCUCAGGGCGACUUCAUUCACCCACGCGUGGUGAAGGAAGCCCGCUUACCCACGACAAGGUCUCCGACUCCCAUCUCCAUUACCCUAGGGGAUGACAAGACCCAACGCUUCUUCGAUCAGACGGUCACCGACCUCCCCUUCUUCGUCACUCUCGAGCCGACUGAGCGUUCCCCGGCGUCUCGUCGCCACCGCUCCUUUGCACAUUUCGAUGUGAUGGACACGGGGUACGACUUCAUUCUCAGCACUCCGUGGUCUCGUCGGUUCCGCAGCACCGAGGCCGAUUGGGCGACCAACACUCUCGUUCUCAAAACGAAGUGUGGACAGACGUAUCGCAUACCUUUCAUAGGUACCACGGCGACACCACGCCCUAAUCCUCCUCCCCUGGAGCCUUCAGUGCCCACACCAUCUCCCUCUAUCACUGUCACCUCGCCUCGGCAGUUCGCUCACUUCAUUCGACAGAACGACGUCACCUUCUUUAUGGUGGACGUGACGGAUCUCUUACACUAUGAUCCACCCURUCSCGACGCCGAGCUCAUCCCUCUGGAGCCAGAUCCUCCCUCUAUCUCCAUGGCUCCCAUCUCUACUUCCGUCCCUCCGCCGUCCGUCGAGUCCACCCCACCGUCGCGCGCUGACGCUGACGCUGAGGAACUCCCACGAUAUACGGCUGACUUGGAGCCCGCAGUUCGUGACCUCAUCCAAGAGUACCACGACGUUUUCCCGUCGUCGUUCUCGUACGCCAGCAUCCCACCGAUGCGUGACGUCGAGCACUCCAUUCAGCUCGUGCCUAACUCUCGUGUUCACCACCAGGCACCCUACAGACUCUCGAUCCCCGAGGCCACCGAACUCAAGCGUCAGCUUGAGGAGCUUCUGAGACUGGGUUUCAUUAAACCCAACAACUCCCCGUGGGGUGCACCCCUCCUCUUUGCUCGCAAAGCGGAUGGAACUCUUCGUCUCUGCAUCGACUACCGCGGCCUCAACCGCUACACGGUUAAGAACAGCUACCCCAUGCCUCGUUCCGAUGAGCUGUUCGACCGCCUAGCAGGCAACCGUUUCUUUGCGAAGAUUGAUCUUCGUAGCGGUUACCAUCAGAUCUAUGUCGCUGCAGCCGACCAACCGAAGACCGCGUUCCGAUCGCGAUUCGGCCACUACGAGUUCACGCUACGUGUCCGAGCAGUAGCAGAGUUCCAUGACCAGGCAGCUGUCGGUCAUAUGGGCUUCCACAAGACGUUGGCUCGUGUGAGCCGCCUGUACGUCUGGCCGAAGCGCAAGGACUUUGUGAAGGACUACGUUGCAGAGUGUCCCACCUGUCAGGAGGUGAACAAUGCGAACCACUUACCUUAUGGUUUGCUCCAGCCUCUUCCUAUCCCUGAGGAUCGUUGGCAGUCCAUCUCGAUGGACUUUAUCGGUCCUCUUCGACCUCCGACCCCCCGCGGUCAUGAUGCUAUCCUGGUCGUCGUCGACCGCUUCACGAAGCGUGCACGCUUUGUUCCGUGCCGCUAUGCCAUCAAUGCACGUGAGGUUGCCGACAUCGUAUUUGACCGAGUCGUGCGUGACCACGGCUUACCUCUGAGCAUCAUAUCUGACCGUGACCCGCGCUUUACCAGCCGAUUCUGGCGACGACUCCACGAGGUGUACGACACUCAGCUCCGUUUCUCCUCGUCUUACCAUCCACAGACUAAUGGUCAGACCGAUAUCACGAACAGGACUUUCGGGGAUAUUCUCCAAAAGAUUGUUCGUGACGACCAGCAGUGGGAUCUCCAUCUUGCCCACGCGGAAAUAGCCUACAACCACGCCGUCUCGCCAGCCGCGGGGAUGUCGCCUUACUAUUGCGACCUCGGCUAUCACCCGCGUGUUCCCGCGGACUUCCUUCGACCGUCCCAGAUGCACCCCGACACGAGUUGUCCCGCGCUGGAUGAUUGGGUUGCACACAUGACGUCGAUUAUGAAGACCGCACAUAAGCACAUAGCCGCUUCCCAGACUCACAUGGCAGCACGUGCGAACCGAUCGAGGAUGGAUCACCCAUUCAAGGUCGGCGAUGAUAUGCUUAUCGACGCCCGCCACUUACAGCUCGAAGCGGACACGCUUCGCAAGUUUCGGCGUCGCUUCUUUGGCCCAUGCCGUAUCCUCCAGGAGAAGGAGGAGGAGGAGGAGGAAGCAAUGGCGAAGGAGGAGGAGGAGGAAAAGGAGACGGAUGAGAAGGACGGCGAAGCGGAGGAGGAGGACGAGUCGAUGGAGUAGGACGAAGCGAACGAGAAGCAGGAUAAGGAAGCGACGGAGCGUGGGGAAGAGGACGCGGAGGAGGAGGAGGAAGCAAACGAUGAGGAGAAUUCGAGUACGAUGAAAGACAUGACCGCGCUACAUGGACUGAAAGGAAAGAUGCUGCUGCCGUCCGUGAUAGCGGGCAAGUAAGUUAGCAGCAAGCACCUCUCUCUCAUUCUCUGUCACUCUUCUCUGCCCGUCUCUGCCUCUCCCUCCCCGCCUGCCCUUCUUCGUCUCCUCUGUCUCUCUCUGUUAGCUCACGAGACCACGGACGGCGCCGACAAG